AUGUUUGGUGCUGCAGUUUUUAAUGCUUUGGAAUCAAAAGAAGAAGUUCGUCAACGUGCUAUACUUAGAUAUAGAAUGGCUCGUAUUUUAUAUAAAAAUGAUACAAUUCAAAAUGAAACUGUUUUUAAUACUUUAACAUCAGCAAUAUUUGACCAUCGACAUGUACGUACUGGUACAACUAAACAAUGGACAUUUCCUGGUGCCUUCUAUUUUUCAACAUUAGUCGUAACUUUAAUAGGUUAUGGUCAUACAACACCAAAAACAAAGGGUGGAAAAAUAUUUUGUAUGGUUUAUACAGUAGCUGGAGUACCUCUCAAUUUGAUUAUGUUUCAAUCAGUUGGCGAACGAUUGAAUGCUAUUAUUUCAUUUGUAUUAUCACGUCUUAAACGUUUAUUUGGUUUCCGUCGUCAUAAAGUAUCCGGUUUUGAAUUGAUUGCUGUCGAAUUUGGCAUGACAACAAUGUUAGUACUUGGUGGUUCAUUUAUUUUUUGUAAACAAGAAAAAUGGUCAUAUUUUGAAUCGAUUUAUUAUUCUCUUGUUACUUUUUGGACAAUUGGCUUUGGUGAUCUUGUUCCAUUAGCUAGUCUACAACGUACUGGUCAAUCACUUUAUUCACGUUGGGGAUAUUUUAUUUAUACUAUAUCAUUUAUUCUCUUUGGUCUAGCAAUUGUAGCUUCAUCAUUAAAUCUAUUGGUACUUCGUUUAGCUCAAUUUCAUUCAGAAAAUGGUAUUGGUGGAAUAUCAGAUGUUCUCGGUCGAAAUGAAGAAGAUCUUAUAGCUGCUGCUAUUGCUGAACAUCGUGCAUCGAUGUGUGUUCAACAACGUAAUCGUAUCUGUUCGAAUCCUAGUUUAAUUCAUCAACAGAAAGCAUUAUCAUCAUAUUUUCCUAUAAAAACACGUUCAUGGUGGUCAUUAUCAUCAUCAAAUUCAGAAUUAGAUUUUACUAAAAAUUCAAAUGAAGAAACCUAUUGUUCAGGAUAUACAUUAUUUAAUUGUAAAAAACGUAAACGACGACAUUGGCAUUUACGUCGAUCACCUCAAAAUAUAAAACAUUUACUUUAUUUUAAUCAAAUAUUAGAAAAUCAUAAAUUAGCAUUUGUUCGAAAAUCAUUGAUUCCUAAACAAUAUAAUCAUCAAAUGACAAAUCAUUUAUCGGAAGUAAAUUUACAAAAACAACAAAGAAUUUCAAUUUAA